AUGACCCUACAAAACCUUUAUUUGGACUACCGCCUAACUCCAAUCCGACGUCUCUCUGUUGAUGUGCACAGUAAGGAAGAGGCAGAGUUGCUUGCUAAAAGAUUCAAGGCUGAAGUACCAGCUGAACUGACCGUUGCAGAAGCCCUCAAGCAAGGUCAGUCACCAGCAGUCAUUGACGCGAUAAAGCGGGCUGAACUACGGCGUAUCAGAGAAGACGAGGCAUACACAUGUGCAAGAGCGAGGCCGUUCGAGCGGGCUCAGUUUCCACCCAAACCGAGUUUACCUCGUCGUGUCACUAAUCCCGCUACGCGUACUCCUGUGGCGGUUCGUCGUCCUGCAGUCAUUGAAGGAGCGCCGCUUCAGCAGCCGUCAUCUUCACUAGCGGCGAAUGCCGGUGGACCGAUCCCUGUACGUCCUCCACCAAGUGGUGAAUACCAUAAAAUGCUUCAGAUCCCUCAGCGAAGGUCACAACCGCCACAUCGUUUUGUAUCGAAAGAUGUUAGACCAAUACAAUACACUAUGGUACAAACUAAUGAUCCAAACUGGUCCGCUAAUUCGUCGCCUAUCACGUACACCACUGCGAUCGACGAAGCU